AUGAGCGUGCAAUCGGACUCAGAGAAACGUAAGCAGAUAUCCGUUCGUGGUAUUGUUGCUGUGGAAAAUGUUUCAGAAGUGAAGAAGGCUUUCAACCGGCAUGUUCAUUACACCCUCGUCAAAGACCGAAAUGUUGCGACUCCGAGGGAUUAUUACUUUGCCUUGGCCCAUACUGUUAGGGACCACCUAGUAUCCAGGUGGAUUCGCACCCAGCAAUAUUAUUAUGAAAAGGAUCCUAAGCGUGUGUAUUAUCUCUCCUUGGAGUACUACAUGGGUCGUUCCCUACAGAACACAAUGAUUAACCUGGGUAUCCAGGGUACAGUUGAUGAAGCUCUCUACCAGCUAGGUUUAGAUAUUGAAGAACUAGAGGAGCUUGAAGAAGAUGCAGGUCUUGGUAAUGGUGGUCUUGGCCGUUUAGCUGCAUGCUUCUUAGACUCCAUGGCAACAUUAGGACUAGCAGCGUAUGGAUAUGGUAUAAGAUACGAAUACGGCAUCUUUGCGCAAAAAAUUCAAAAUGGCGAGCAACAAGAAGAACCUGACGACUGGCUGCGCUAUGGCAAUCCAUGGGAAAAGGCUCGCCCUGAGUUCAUGAUCCCUGUGAACUUCUACGGCCGUGUAGUCGACACACCCCAGGGCAAGAAAUGGGUCGACACGCAGGUGGUGUUUGCCAUGCCAUAUGACAACCCGAUCCCGGGUUACAAUAACAACGUCGUCAACACGCUGCGGUUGUGGUCAGCUAAAAGCCCUGUUGAUUUUAACCUGCGAUUCUUUAACUCUGGUGACUACAUCCAAGCCGUACUCGAUCGUAAUGUUGCUGAGAAUAUUUCUCGCGUCCUCUACCCGAACGACAACUUCUUUGAAGGGAAGGAACUUAGGCUGCGUCAAGAAUACUUUAUGUGUGCAGCUACAUUACAAGAUAUAAUCCGCCGAUACAAAGCCUCUAAGUUCGGAAGCCGUGAAGCCGUCAGAACUACCUUUGAGAGCCUCCCAGAAAAAGUAGCUAUUCAGCUAAACGAUACCCACCCGGCGUUAGCCAUCCCUGAAUUAUUGCGUAUUCUGAUCGACAUCGAAAAAGUACCAUAUGAGGAGGCUUGGAAUCUCGUCGUGAAGUGUUGCGCUUACACCAACCAUACUGUCUUACCAGAAGCUUUGGAGAGAUGGCCCUGCUCGAUGUUAGAAAAUGUCCUCCCAAGACACAUGCAGCUCAUAUACCACAUUAACUUUUUGCAUCUAAAAGAGGUCGAAAAACGCUGGCCUGGUGAUUUCGACCGCUUACGUCGUAUGUCUCUGAUCGAGGAAGAAGGUGAGAAACGAGUAAACAUGGCCAAUCUUUGUGUGGUCGGAUCCCAUGCUGUCAACGGUGUGGCCGCUAUCCACUCUGACAUCCUCAAAGCCACCGUGUUCCGCGACUUCUAUGAAAUGUGGCCAGAGAAGUUCCAGAACAAAACCAAUGGUAUCACUCCAAGACGGUGGUUGCUUUUGUGCAACCCUGGAUUGUCCGAUUUGAUAUCUGACAAGAUUGGAGAUGAAUGGACGGUUCACUUGGACCAGUUGAAGGGUUUGAAGCGUUGGGCUAAGGACCCAGGUUUCCAAAGAGCAGUCAUGAAAGUGAAACAAGAGAACAAGCUUAAAUUGGCGUCUCUUAUUGAACGGGAUACUGGAGUGAAAAUUAACCCAGCGUCUAUGUUCGAUGUGCAAGUGAAGCGAAUCCACGAGUAUAAGAGGCAGCUGCUAAAUAUCUUACAUGUGAUUACCAUGUACAAUAGGAUUAAGCGGGAUCCGACUGCUCCGAUGGCACCCAGGACAGUUAUGAUUGGGGGUAAGGCUGCCCCGGGUUACUAUAUAGCCAAACAGAUUAUUGCUUUGGCGUGCGCCGUUGGUGACACCGUGAACAAUGACCCUGACGUCGGAGACAAGCUGAAGUUGAUAUUUUUGGAGAACUAUCGCGUAACGCUGGCUGAGCGCAUAAUGCCAGCAGCUGAUUUGAGUGAACAGAUCUCAACAGCUGGUACAGAGGCCUCUGGUACCGGUAACAUGAAGUUCAUGCUUAACGGUGCCUUGACCAUCGGCACCAUGGACGGGGCUAACGUGGAAAUGGCUGAGGAGGCCGGGGAGCACAAUUUGUUCAUUUUCGGCAUGCGCGUUAACGAUGUCGAAGCUCUACAAAAGCGUGGUUACAACGCGUAUGAGUACUACGAACGUAACCCGGAACUCCGCCAAUGCAUCGAACAGAUUCGGAGUGGUUUCUUCUCCCCCAACGACCCUGGAAAAUUCUCGCAUGUCGCCGAUGUACUUCUUCAUCACGACCGCUUCCUCCAUCUUGCUGACUUCGAUGAGUACAUUAAAGCUCAAGACAAAGUCUCCGCCGUUUAUCAGGAUCCAGCAAAAUGGACUGAAAUGGUGAUCGAGAAUAUUGCGUCGUCUGGGAAGUUCUCGUCAGAUCGCACAAUUGCUCAAUACGCCCGUGAGAUUUGGGGCGUUGAGCCAACUUGGGAGAAACUGCCCGCACCUCAUGAAGUCGCCUAA